UGAGUUGAGUUGGAGCCGUUAAACGUAACACAUUUCGUAGUUCGCUUGUAUUAUUGUAUUCAAUUGCAUCGCAAAGUUCUGUUCGCGUGUUUUGUCAUUCAGCCAGCCAGCCAGUCAGUUAGUCAGUCAACACUGCUACUAAAUUUCUUUCUCUUGCUUUUCUUGUCAAAGUAUUUUGUUAUUGCUUUUUUUUGUUUUUUGUUUUUGUUAUUUCAACACAAUAAUAUUUCUUUAACGUACAAUAUUUCGUACACACAGAGUCAAACGAACCCAACGACCGACCAGUUCAGUUCAGCAGUUUCAGUGUUUUUGGGGACCUAUAGCAAGCAAGCAAAUAGUGUCUCAAGUAUCACUACUUUACCGACGAAAUUUUUGUUGUUGCUAUUUUAAGUGCCAGAAUAAAGUAAUUUUUUUUUUUUUUACGAAAAUAUUUAUAAAAUAAAAACAAGUGCGAAAUUUUACUAAAAUUAAAAAAUUAUUUAACAAAAAAAUAUAUAAAGAAUUAUUGUGCAUUUACAUACAUAAAUAAUUUUAAUACCUACAAAUUUUAUAAAAAAAAAGAAAAUUUUUUUUAAACAAAAUUUUCUGAAAAAUAAAGAAAAAACGAAGAAAAUUAAUCGAAAAGUGCUAAAAAUAAACCGAAAAAUCAAAAACCUUUUAAUUUAUUAAUAAAGUUGUGUCAAAUAGUUAAUGGCUGAAAAUAAAGGAAUCAUGUUGGCGAAAUCUGUACAAAAACACGCUGGACGUGCCAAAGAAAAGAUUUUACAAAAUUUGGGUAAAGUUGAUCGGACUGCAGAUGAAAUUUUUGAUGAUCAUUUAAAUAAUUUUAAUCGACAACAACUCAAUGCCAAUAGAUUACAAAAAGAAUUCAACAAUUAUAUUAGAUGUAUAAGAGCUGCACAAACUGCAUCCAAAUCAUUAAUGGAUGCCAUAGCGGAAAUUUAUGAACCCCAAUGGAGUGGUUAUGAUGCAUUACAAGCCCAAGCUCAAUCUUCGGAAUCAUUAUGGCAGGAUUUUGCGCACAAAUUGGCAGAUCAAGUAUUGAUACCAUUAAAUACUUAUACAGGACAAUUUCCAGAAAUGAAGAAAAAAGUUGAAAAACGCAAUAGAAAACUGAUCGACUACGAUGGUCAACGUCAUUCGUUCCAAAGUCUACAAGCCAAUGCCAAUAAACGUAAAGAUGAUGUGAAAUUAACCAAAGGCCGUGAGCAAUUGGAGGAAGCACGUCGUACAUAUGAACUAUUAAAUACGGAAUUACACGAUGAACUUCCAGCUCUGUAUGAGUCAAGAAUAUUGUUUUUGGUAACCAAUUUGCAAACUCUAUUCGCAACAGAACAAGUUUUCCACAAUGAAACAGCCAAGAUUUACUCGGAAUUAGAGGCUAUUGUUGAUAAAUUGGCUACAGAAUCACAACGCGGCUCAAAUACUCUUAGAAAAGCAACAGUGAAUGCCAUUAAAUCUGCCAGUCCUGUACAGUCACCAGUUAAACAAAUGAAUAAUGCCAAUAUCACCAACAGCAACAAUCAAUAUCAAAAUACUAAUGGUUCUGCUAAUCCACCAUCACCGAGCUCUUCUUCUACACAAGAAUCUAGACUUGAUAAUGUUUCUCCAACACCAGAAUCGUCCGCUGGACUAUUGCGGGGUGGCGGAGCCAGCGUAAGUGGUAUGAGCAAAAUGGAAACAAGUAGUACGACAUCCGGUAAUCUAGCUAAUGAUGCCACAUCUAUGGAAAGCACCACCAACACAACGAUAACCACGACAACAGCUGUGGCAACAAAGGAAACGGAUAAGGAAAUGGAAAUGGAUCACGAAACUGCACAAUUAAAUAGUCCCAAUGCCAAUACACUGUCAGCAGCAACAACAACAACCAUAACUUCAGUGGUGGAAGAAACUUCCAAUAAGAACUCGCCGGCAGCAACAUUAGAAAAGAUCACUAGCGAGGAGACAUCAACAACAACAACAAUGAGUUCAGCAACCAAAGAGGAUGUGGAUAUGAAUAAUGCACUUGCAACGGAAGCAGCAGCAGCUACAAAAGUUACCACAACCGAGGUAACGGAAGUGAAAAAAACCAAUGAACAAAUGAAUGGCAAUGAUACGGCAAAUGGUAAUGCCAAUACGGUAAUUGAGGCCAAAACUACCACCACAACAACGACAACAUCAACAACAACAUCUAAUGGCAAUAACGCAACAACAACAAUCGCAUCCGCAACCACAACCAAAACCGCAGAGGACGAAGAACAAUCGAAUAAAACAAAAUUAGAUGCCACUACUACUGAUUUGCCACCAGGUGUUCUUUAUCGUGUCAAGGCAACUUAUGGCUAUGUCAAGGAAGAUGUUGAUGAAUUAAGCUUUGAAGUCGGUGAUAUUAUACGUGUUAUUGAAUAUGACGAUCCUGAAGAUCAGGAGGAGGGAUGGUUGAUGGGCGAAAAAGAAGGCUCCACAGAAAAGGGUCUCUUCCCAGCCAAUUUCACAAGGCCGAUUUAAGUUGAAUUUUUUUUUUAAACAAACAACAAAAUAAUUAACCAUAAUUUAACAAGAACAAAAACAACAACAACAACAGUAAAAAUAACCAUAUUUAACCAACAACCAGCAGCAAAAACAACAAGAGAAAAUCUAUUGUAUUCAGAGAGCAGCACAUUAUAGCAAUUUAAAUAAAAAUUAAAAAAAAACCACAAUUAUAAUAAUAUUAUAAAGAAAAAAUAGAAAGAAAGAAACAAACAAACAAAAAACCAACCCAGUUGAGAAAACAUUUAUUUUAAUAUACAAAUGCAAACAUACAUACAAAUAUUAAUAUACAUACAUACAAUACAUAUACAACAAAAAUAUUUAAUUAUUAAUUGUUAAAUUUAAUUUAAAAAAAAAAACAAAAA